AUACGUCCCAGAUGGCGUCCGCAAUGCUCAAGUCCCGUGUCCGGCGGCCUUCAUAUCUGAACAAGUUGGCUCAGCCAGAGGACCUACUGCAUCACUUUCCAAACAACGCUUAUGUCGGAUGGAGUGGCUUCACAGGAGUUGGCUAUCCGAAACGAAUCCCAACAGCUCUGGCGGAACAUGUCGAGAAGAACAAUCUUCAAGGCAAACUCAAGUACAACCUGUUCGUGGGAGCCUCGAGCGGUGCUGAGACGGAGAAUCGAUGGGCCCGCAACAACAUGAUUGAGCGACGGGCUCCCCAUCAGGUCGGCAAGGAGAUCGCCAAGGGCAUCAACAACGGCAACAUCAAAUUCUUCGACAAGCAUCUCUCCAUGUUCCCCUCCGACCUCGUAUAUGGCUUCUACACGAAACACAAAGCCAACAACAGUCUCGACGUCGCGGUGGUAGAAGCCUCAUGCAUCACCGAGUGCGGCGGAGUCAUCCCAGGAGCCAGUGUCGGAGCAUCGCCCGAGAUCAUCCAAAUGGCCGACAAGAUCAUCAUCGAAGUCAACACCUCCAUUCCAUCCUUCGAAGGCCUCCACGACAUCACCUUCACCGAAGUCCCACCCCACCGCAAGCCAUACCUCAUCACGCGCCCCGAGGACCGAAUCGGCACGCCUCACAUCCCCAUCGACCCCGAAAAAGUCAUCGCAAUCGUCGAAUCCAACCUCCCGGACCAAACAACACCCAACACCCCAGCCGACGCCGACAGCAAAGCCAUCGCCUCCCACCUCAUCGACUUCCUCCAACACGAAGUCACCCACGGCCGCCUCCCACCAAACCUCCUCCCCCUCCAAUCCGGCAUCGGCAACAUCGCCAACGCCGUAGUCGGCGGCCUCUCCGGCGGUGACGCCAACUUCAAAAACCUCAAAGUCUGGACCGAAGUCCUCCAAGACACCUUCCUCGACCUCUUCGACUCGGGGAACCUCGACUUCGCGACCGCCACCUCCAUCCGCUUCAGUCCCGAAGGCUUCGACCGCUUCUUCGAAAACUGGUCACAAUACACCCCGAAACUCCUCCUCCGCUCCCAAGCCGUCAGCAACUCCCCCGAAAUCAUCCGCCGUCUCGGCGUCAUCGCCAUGAACACCCCGGUGGAAGUCGACAUCUACGCCCACGCGAACAGCACCUGCGUCGACGGUAGCCGUAUGCUCAACGGCCUGGGCGGGUCGGCGGACUUUCUCCGCAGCGCAAAGUACAGCAUCAUGCACACGCCUUCGACGCGCCCGACCAAGGGGGAUCCGACGGGGAUCAGCUGUAUCGUGCCGAUGUGUACGCACGUGGACCAGACGGAGCAUGAUUUGGAUGUCGUGGUGACGGAGCAGGGGUUAGCGGACGUGAGGGGGAUGAGUCCGAGGGAGAGGGCGAGGGAGAUUAUCAAAAUGUGCAGUCAUCCGGAGUAUCGCGACAUUUUGACGGGGUAUUUGGACCGGGCGGAGUGGGAGUGUUUGAGGAAGGGGUGGGGCCAUGAACCGCAUCUGUUGUGGAAUGCGUUUGAUAUGCAUCGGCAUUUGAACGAGCAUGGGACUAUGAAGAUUCCUACGUGGGGGCAGGGGUGGUUUUUGAGUUGA